AUGCCCGGUCUCCAUGGCCUCGUGGCCGUAGACCUGCACGACGAAGCCGCGUGGGAUGCUGCAGGCUUGGGCCGGGGGGAUCUCGUCCACGUCGAGACGCCUGUCAACCCGACCGGCGAAGCCGUCGGCCUCAGACGCUUCGCGCAGCUCGCACACAAGCGCGGCGCGGUGUUGAGCGUGGAUGCGACGUUCGCGCCGCCGCCUCUGCAGGAUCCGUUCAGGGAGGGCGCGGAUAUAGUGAUGCAUUCUGGCAGCAAGUAUCUGGGCGGGCAUAGCGAUUUGCUGUGUGGUGUGCUGGCGGUUCGGAGCGAGAGGGUGGAGGAGGGGUGGUGGGAGCGGUUGUGGAGGGAGCGGUUGCUGCUUGGGGCCGUGAUGGGGAGUUUGGAGGGGUGGUUGGGGGUUAGGAGUUUGAGGACCUUGGAGCUGAGGGUUGUGAGGCAGAGUGGGAACGCGGAGAAAUUGGUGGGGUGGUUGGAUGGGCUGCUUAGGGGGAACGGGGAGGGUGAGGAGGGGAAGCUGGUGAGGCAGGUGGUGGCGAGGGUGCGGCAUGCGAGUCUGCAGAAGGGGGAGAUGGGCUGGUUGAGGGAGCAGAUGCCGGGAGGGUUUGGGCCGGUGUUUGCAGUGUAUAUGACGACGUCGGAGUUGGCGAAGAGGCUGCCGAGUAAGUUGAAACUGUUCCACCACGCGACUAGUUUGGGUGGUGUGGAGAGCUUGAUCGAGUGGAGGAGGAUGAGCGAUGCGGACGUUGAUGAGAGGUUGCUGAGGGUCAGCGUUGGCGUGGAGAGCUGGGAAGAUUUGAGGGAAGACUUACUGCAAGGCUUCAAGGCGCUGGCGGCGGAACAGUGA